UGAAGUGGUGUGAUGUGAAUGUUCCCCUGUUGUAAACCUAGGACAUAAACACACGCAGCACCGGGACACCUUGUUCAGCAGGAGCUGCGUUGUACGCAGUUUCCAGUUGCUUCGUCGGCAGCAACACACACGCACCAUGCACCCCCCCAGCCCCAUCUCACAGUCCAACCUGCAGCUGAGCCUCUCCUCCGCCUGAGCUCCAGCACUGUCCCUCACACAACAUGGAUCCUGAGCAGCGGCCCAGCGCGGACUACUUUUCUUGGGGCUACCGCCUCCAGCUUAUUGGCCUGGUCUUCGGCUUCUAUGCGGCAGCUUUCCUCCUGUCCCACCUCCUCUCCGUGGCCCUGUCCCGCACCUACAGCAGCCUCGUAGCCAAGGAGAAGAUCUUCUGGAAUCUCGCAGCGACGCGGGCGCUGUUCGGCAUCCAGAGCACCGUGACCGGUCUCCGGGCCCUGACCGAGGACUCGGCGUUGACCAGGGACCGAGUGAGGGGACAAGAAGACUGGUCGUGGUUCAACGUCCUCGCAGCCACGGGUUUCUUUGCGUUUGAGAACGUAGCGCUUCACGCCUCCAGCGUGGUGUUUCGCUCAUUCGACCUCCCGCUGGCCACGCACCAUGUCCUCGCCCUGUCGGGGUUCGUGUCUGUGGUGGUUUGGGAUUCCUCGGGCCACUUCCUGCCGAUGGUCACGCUGCUGCUGGAGAUGAGCACGCCGUUCAGCUGUCUAUCCUGGAUGCUACUGAAGGCUGGCUGGGCACACACCCUGUUCUGGAGAGCCAACCAGUGGGUGAUGAUCCACUCAUUCCACUGUCGCAUGGUGCUCACCUACUACAUGUGGUGGGUGUCCCUGACCCACUGGGCCGAGCUCAGCACCCAUGUGCCCCUUGUCCCGCUCCUGCUCUUCUUCACCGGCCUCACUCUGCUCACGUUUAUCAUCAACCCCAUCUGGACGCACAAGAAGACCAUGCAGCUGCUCAACCCCGUGGACUGGAACUUUGGCAACAAGCUCUCCCCCGUGAACGGUGCCACGGUGGGUCAGUCUGCGGUUUCUUUUAAACCCCACGCCAGCUAAGGGGAACCGGGGAAGAUCCUUCCCGUCUCAAAGACGCCAUAUCUUUUUUCCUCUUUUCAUAAAUGUUUGAAGUUACUUUUAGAGUGAUAGUGGUACUAUUGGUGUUUAUUCUUUUCUUAAACAUUUUUAUACACGCGUUCCUUGAACAAUAAGUGAACUUUGCUAUUCAAAAAAAGCCCUAACAACAGGAACAUUGUGUCAGGUUUUAUCUCGAUAACGUUGACCACAUAGUCUUCCCUCAGGCCUAAUCUACAGAUUGGUUUAUUCUAGUUGUUUUAAUCUGGUUAUUUUAUCUUUUAAAAAGUUUGGUUGUGGCAGUGGAAAGGGACCCUUCUUGUGAAAUACCUAUUUUACCAAUUAUGUGUUCAGUUAUGUAUUCACAAUAGAAAACACACACAAGAAGAUGCUUCUUACAGGAACUUGCACAUUUAAAGUCCCCAAAACACUCCAGUAUUUAAAGAUGUAUAUCCUGUAAUACUUGAGGGUGUGUGUGUGUAUAUAUAUAUAUGGAAAAGAAGCCUGGUAACAUGUUAAACUCUGCGUCGACACCGAACAGUUAAGUCACAGUGUGACCGUUUGUCAUAUACAGCUCCAGUGGUGCUUUUACAACAGACGUCUUUGUUCAGCGGGAUGAAUUGCUUUAAGUUAAAAGAAAGUUUCUAUUGGUUAGUCAGCUGUUGCAUACUAAGUGGACACUUGGAUCAGUCCACUCGUGAGUCGCAUUGGUGUUUUUGCACUGAAUCCUCUCAUCAGAGGGGGAUGUUUAUCGUGGUCAUGAAAGAAAAGGCCUUGAACAGAAUCUUCUUAAUUGGUGGAAGAAUGUGCAGGACUGGCCCACUGCUUAAAGGCUCUUUUGACCCAUAUAAGUGUGCAAUGUGGCAUAACUGAAGCAGUUUACUGAUUGAACCAAGGGAUUUGUUGAUCAUGAUGCUUUUUUUGGAGUUACUGUACGAGUCAAAUUCUGUUUUAUUUCUGCCUCUGCAACAUCAAAACGGACAUAACACUUCCCCUUGUGUUUGUCACAAUAACCUCAUUGUACUGAAGCCCUGGUAUGUGUGUUGGGUUUGUCCUUUUGUUUCAUAUCCCUGGUAUCAGAAGGUUUAGUCUAGUUAUCUCUGCUGCAGACUGUCUGAUCUUUUCCAGUUUCUCUGUGUUUUGUCUAACAGCAUUGGUGCUCGUUUGUUGUGUGUAUACGGCCAAAAUGUAUGUUUGAAGAAUCUCUUCCAUAAGCAUUAAUCUAAUAUAACAUCUCAAGGAUGUAAACCAACACUUUAAUUGGGGCCUGAGAGCGGACUCAAAGUAUUUAUGGCGUAUCGACACGUUCCCCGUACCUGUAACCUGCCUUGCGAAACAGGCGUCAGGAUAACGGGUAAAGCAACACGGUCUCAUGAGUGGAUUAUCUUUAACUUUUAUAUAAAUCCUUCAACCGCAAUGACGUGUCACAAAUAAGUUUGACGCAAAUGUAUUUAACAUAAUAGUGUUUUUCUGGUUCAUUAAUAAACAACUUUUGGCCACUAUUUGUACUAAAAAAGAAUAAGAGCAAUUUGCAUUUCAUUUGUAAGAGCAGUAUUAACAUUAUGGGAUGGGUGGAGAACUCUGUAUGAUCUAAGGUUUCACACCCUGUUUGGGUUGGGAGUGCUUUAAUGAGUCACAGAAUAAAAUGUUGGCCCUCAUACAG